CUUUAUCUUCCGUAAGUUUAGGUGGCUAGUAGUGGAAUGCUACCGGCUCGGAGAUCUUGUGGCGGUAUUCUGUAAGUGGCCACCAGAUACUAAUUUAUCACCGAGCUGGGUCGACCGAGGCGGUUGUGCAUUGUUGUGCUACGGUAUGCGCUUUGAAGAUAAGAGCUAGUUCUGUCGGGUUCCGCCAUGCCAUUUAGUACAUCUGUCUAUUUUCAAACCCAUCGUGCAUUAGGUGACAGUACUACCAACGUACACAUAACCGCGGCAAGGAUCUCGACAGUCCAGAUGAAAGCAAUAUCCAGAGGUACAGGCAUUCUAAACGAUGAGGUCUUUAGUACUUUCGCAAUAGGGGUUCUCAGGAGAACCUUUUCCUAAAAUGAUUUGCGAGGAUUGAGCUUGACAGUCCACGCUGACUGACCCCAGCGCCAAGGCAUGCUGAACACCCGACUACAUCACCCAAAAGUGAAGCAAUACCAAGCGACGAAUCCUAAUGCAUCAUGACUACAGAGUUUGGUACGCUCAGAGCGCUGUUGUCUCGCAUACGAGAGAAUGGGCAGUUCUCAGACCUCACCGUCAGAUGCCAAUCAUCAAGCUUCCACGUUCAUCGUUGCAUUGUGUGCCCACAGUCGCCGUUUUUCGACAAGGCUGCAAAUGGUGAUUUUAAGGAAGCUAAAACGCGCGUCGUAUACAUUCACGAUGACCCUUUCAUUGUUUCAAAAAUGUUUGAUUUCCUUUACCGUGCGGACUAUGACGACUCGCCAGAGAUUACGGAUGAUCCCGCUGCGAAAAGUGAAACUGCUGCGGAGGAUCAUGAUGCUGCGAACCAAGAGGGAAUAUCACCGACGGAGCGUAUUGCCCAAGGUGUCCUUUCAUGGCAGUGGAGGCGUGCGCAGAUCAACGUGCAAAUCUACAUUAUGGCAGACAAAUAUUUGAUUGAAGGAUUGAAAGAUAUAUCCAAAAGGAAGUUGGACUCCAACCUGAGAAAUGACUGGGACGACUGCGGAUUUGUCGCAGUUGUCAGCGAUGUCUAUGGGUCCCAGUGUCCGCCCAGAUCAGACCUACGUGAAAUUCUUAUAAAAUUCGCCCUUCGACAUCUCGGUACGCUUAAGGGUUUUCGUCAGUUUGAUGACGUCCGAAAAGAUCACCCAGAGUUUGUGUACGAGCUAUCCACUGCUUUGAUAGAAAGAGUUAUCGAAUUGGAGAAGAGACCAUGUCAGAGUGUCUCACGCUCUGUUCCUGUUCCAUUCGUGCGUCAAACACUCAGUCAUUUCUAUUGCAGGCUCUGCACUAGGACUUUUGACAGCAGAACUAGCCUUCGGCAGCAUGACACCGCUAGACAUAGCUGGUGCACCGAUUGUGGACGAUCGUUCCGGUCGCCUAAACAAGCUCGAGACCACCGCCUGAAUAGACAUGAUGGGUUUUAGUAUGAAUAAAUCUUGUACGUUGUACCUAGUGAGGAAGGUACGCCUGCUUCGCCGCGUGGAUGGUGUUCGCUCGUUGUCAUAGUGCUCUUGACUUUCUAAAGGUACGGAUCGUUCUGUACGGCCCGCUGUCAGCAACGGGCCGGUGGAGCAACAAUGUACAAUAGAUUCGUCCAGAUUUGUGGGUCGCUCUGCCCAAGCGAAUGGUUGG